AUGGAGGCUGCAGCAUUUGAUGCCGGGGUUCAACAACCUGAAGGAGAGGAGAACUUAAUCGAAGCUGCGAAGCAAAUUGUGAAGGCUUUAGGGUCGGGAAAGAAUCUCACGGAUGAUGCAAGGAAAAUUUUGGCUGACCUGGGCACCCAAUUGUCCACCAUAAACAUAAUCAGUGAGGACAAGGACAGUGACAUAGGCGAGCUCGAGGCACAGUUGGAUGCAAUUCAGGAGAAGAUUGCGAAUUGGGAGGCUGACCAGUCUAUGAUAUGGGAUUCAGGUCCCGAUGAAGCUGGUGAGUAUAUGAAUGCCACUCUAGAAGCCCAAAGAUUGAUUGAAAGAUUGGAGAAUUUUUGCCCUGGUGGUGGUGCUGGAGAUGAUGCUGGUAGAAGGGAUUUGCUACGCAGGGCGCACGAUGUGCUUCAAAUGGCAAUGGCAAGGCUCGAGCAGGAGUUUACACACUUGCUUGUACAAAACCAGCUACCAUUUGAGCGAGACAAUGUAGCAUCUUUCCGUUCAAGUGAAGAUGAUGGUCUCGAUUUCAACUCGUUUGUCUCCACUGGUGAUGAUCUUGAGGACCCGAGUAAUCGAGAUAGCAGCGUCAGCAGGAGCUGGGAGGAACUCACCAUUGAUAUGGUACACCCUGAUGCUAUCCCAGACCUUAGAGAUAUUGCUGAGUUGAUGUUUGUUUCUGGUUAUGGUCACGAAUGUACACAAGCAUAUAUCACUGUUAGAAGAGAUGCCUUGGAUGAGUGCCUGUUCAUUCUCGAAAUGGAGAAACUGAGCAUCGAGGAUGUACUGAAAUUGGAAUGGGGGAGCCUUAAUUCCAAGAUUAAAAAGUGGAUCCGAGCUUUGAAACAGUUUGUCCGAGUCUAUCUUGCCAGCGAGAGUUUCCUCAGCGAGCAGAUCUUUGGACAGCUCGAGCAAUCAUCAUGGUCAGUUUGUUUCAUCGAGGCGUCAAAGGGAUCAAUGCUGCAGCUGUUGAACUUUGGGGAAGCCAUAUCUAUUGGUCCUCACAAACCAGAGAAGCUCUUCCCUAUCCUCGACAUGUACGAGACCGUUUCAGGUAUGAUUCCCGACCUAGAUUCUCUAUAUGCAAGUGGAGCUGGUUCGUGUGUUAGAAUCGAUUGCCACGAGCUUCAGAGAAGGUUAGGUGAUUCAGUUAGGGCAGCAUUUUUAGAAUUUGAGAAUGCAAUCGCGACGAGCACUUCAACAAUUGCUUUCGCUGGAGGAGGGAUCCACCAUUUGACACGCUAUGUUAUGAAUUACCUCAAUACACUCACUGACUACCAGGAAUCGUUGAAUUACCUCCUGAAAGACCACGAUAGACAGAAUGCUGUUGUUAUGUCGCCUGAUCUAGCUCCGUCAACAAGGCAAGAAGACGAUGCCAGGGGGGAACCUGCUGCAGACGAUUACGCCACCAUGGCUCUACACUUCAGGUCGGUCACCUCGAUCCUGGAGUGCAAUCUUGACGACAAGUCAAGGCUGUACAGGGAUCCAUCCUUGCAGCAUGUAUUCAUGAUGAACAAUGUCCACUACAUGGCACAGAAGGUGAAGAAUUCAGCAGCAUUAAGGCACGUGUUCAAGGACGAGUGGAUCAGAAAGCGCAACUGGAAGUUCCAGCAGCACGCAAUGAGCUAUGAGAGAGCCACGUGGAGCUCCGUGCUGUCCUUGUUGAAAGACGAAGGCAACUCCCAUCCGGGAUCGGUCCCUAAAGCUCAACUCAGGGACCGGCUGAAGAACUUCUAUGUGGCGUUCGAGGACGUUUACAGGACGCAGACAUCAUGGAUCAUCCCCGACGCUCAGCUACGCGAGGACCUACGAAUCUCGACCUCGCUCAAGGUCAUCCAAGCUUACCGAAUGUUCAUCGGGAGGCACACGAACAACAUCGGUGAUAGGCAUGUUAGGUAUAGUGCUGACGAUUUGCAGAAUUAUUUGCUGGAUCUGUAUGAAGGGUCUCAGAAGUCAUUGCACAAUCCUCACCGUAGAUGA